AUGAGAGGUAUCAACGACGGGCCUUUCACACUGUUCAAGACGAUUCUGUCGUCGAAGCUUCCGGGACUCAUCUUCCAUCCCUACACGAUCUUGGCUGUCAUACUCUGUCUAGAGUCCAUGGCUCUGCUGUUUACGUCGACCAUCCUGGUCGCGGACCUGCACCACGUCUCCGUCGUCGGGAAUGUCGGGCCGGUCAAGGUGAAAAGGAUGCUCGCCGAAGACACCGUCCAGGCUUUCAACGCGAUCCCAAACCCAUUAUACUCCCUCUUUGGGGAGGUUCCGUCGGAGUCGGACUUUGGUGUGGACUCACGGGGGCUAAGCAUUGCUGGCGUCAAGAGGCGUGCGUUUCUCCCGUUCCGCAACAGCCAGAACCGGACUGCUGUGCGCACCUACCAUGGGAAUGCAGACGUGAUGGGGUCCAACGUGGCUUGCAUGAGACUCCGCCCCAGCUGGCCCUUCUGUAUACUCACAAUCAAUGAUGUACAAGAUCCAGACGUCGAAACAGGGGAUUUAACGAAUCGCAAGUGGCUGAACACGGUCGCCCUUGAGAGAAGCUUGUACAGUAUCAUGACCGGACAGACCCAAAAUAUGACCUUCAGUGGGUGCAUAGAAUGCUUACUCUACUUCGACUUGGUCGUCAACGAUGAGAUCACAACGAUCUACAGGGACACGCUGGACCCUACUCGCCGAGCCGUUCUCUCCCUACAGACGUACACCUGGCUGCUUGCCGGAAGCAUCUACGACUCGUACCUCAAAGCGUUCGUGGGCACGGAGGAGGUGCAGGUCUCCACCAUGCAAACAGUCAACACGCUCAUAUGUACCGAGUACGGCUGUGGGGGGCUGAUCUCGGUCGCCACCCUGUUGCUGGUGCACGUGGCCCUCGUCAUCGUGAUCACGCUGCUUUUCGUGACGCGGAUCCGGUACUCGAGACAGUCCCACGUCUGGCACACCGUGUCCCAGCUGCUCUCCGGCGAGUUGAAGGAGAGCCUCAACUAG